AUGAAGAAAGAAGGCUUUAACAAGUACAAGAAAGAUAUGCCCAAACGAAGAACUUCCAAGAGAGCGUGCUAUGAGUGUGGCGAAGUUGGCCACUUCAUCGCCGAUUAUCCUAACAAGCAGAAGGGAAAAGAUAAAGAAGAAAAGAAGAGCAAGCCAUUCAAGAAAGAUAAGUACAAAACCCAGAAGAAGAAGUAUUCGGGUCAAGCUCAAAUUGGCGAGGAAUGGGACUCUAACUCCGACUCCGAUGAUGAAGGAGUCGCCACCAUCGCCAUCCACUCUUCUACAUCAACAAAGUCACUCUUUGACGAUAUGAGUGAUGAAGACACUCCCAAGUGUCUCACAGCGAAAGGGCGCAAGGUAAAAUCACAAUCCAAGCUCCUAGAUAGUGAUAAUGAUAGUGAUAAUGGUUGUGAAAGCAUGCUUAAAGGUUUAAGUAAAAAUACCAUGUCUAAAUUUAAAGAACUUAUGGAAAAAAUAGAGGGUCAAGAGGAGAUCCUUGAGAAGUAA